AUGGCCUCGCUCACAAGGCUUACUUUGGCUUCGGUCGUUCCAAAGUUGGCGAGAGGAUAUGCUACUGCAGGAGGAAGUUCAGUAGAGGUUCCUCUCGUUGUACAUGGCAUAGACGGUCGCUACGCGACAGCUCUAUACAGUGCUGCAGCAAAAAAGUCGAGUACAAAGACUGUUGAAGGAGACCUAAAACAAAUCGAAUCGGUUAUUGCCAAAAAUUCGACAAUUCAGACUUUUCUCGCUGAUCCAUCAGUAGCGCGCGAAGCCAAAAAAGAAGGUGUAAAGAAAUUGCUCAAACAAGGAAAAUAUUCAGAGUUGACAAACAAUUUCUUCGAAUUGUUAGCCGAGAAUGGUCGACUUGGGGAGACAGAGAGGGUUAUUCAAAAGUAUCUACAAAUCAUGGUUGCUGAGCGAGGAGAAGUACCUAUUACCAUAACUAGUGCUGCAGAACUCGAUAAAAAAGCCGAGACCAAACUGAAGACAUUACUUGGUAAAAGCCGAUUUGUUAAACCAAAUCAGACACCGAUUGUAACCAACAAGGUUGAUCCAAACAUCUUGGGCGGAUUUAUCAUUGAGAUUGGAGAGGAUCAAACAGUCGAUUUGUCGGCCGCUUCUCGAAUUGCAAGAUUAAAUAAGCUCCUGACUGACGCUAUUUAA